UGGCUAAUCUGGAUAAACUCCCCAUGUGGACGCUCUUAUUCCGGAAUAGCCAGAGCACUGAAAAUCCACAUUCUGGAUCCCUCCAAUGCAGCUGCACCUUCUACAGAGCCUCGGGACAGGGACCAGUUUGAUGACAUAGAGCGUCACACCCAGUGGGGGCUGGAUCUGCUGGAGAAGUACGUGAAGUUUGUGAAGGAGCGGACGGAGAUCGAGCAGGCCUACGCCAAACAGCUCAGGAAUCUGGUGAAAAAGUAUCUUCCAAAACGGAACACAAGAGAAGAUCCAGAAUCCAAAUUCUGCCAGUACCAGGCCUUCCUGCAGGUGGUGAAGGAGCUCAAUGACUUUGCCGGGCAGAGGGAGGUGGUGGCGGAGAACCUGACGACGCGGAUCUGCGUGGAGCUCUCUAAGCAUGGCCAGGAGCUCAAGCAGGAGAGGAAAUCGCACUUCCAGGAGGGCCGGCGAGCCCAGCAGCAGCUAGAAAACUCCUUCAAGCAACUCGAAAACAGCAAACGGAAGUUCGAGCGGGACUGCAGGGAGGCGGAGAAAGCCAUGCUGGCGGCCGAAAAGCUUGACCAAGACCUCAAUGCCACCAAGGCGGAUGUGGAGAAGGCGAAGCAGCAGGCCAAUCUGCGCAGUCACAUGGCGGAGGAGAGCAAGAACGAAUACGCCUCCUUCCUGCAGAAAUUCAACCGGGACCAGAGCCAGUUCUACUUCCUGGAGAUGCCGCAGAUCUUCAAUAAGCUGCAGGAGAUGGACGAAAGGCGAACGGUGCGGCUGAAGGAAGGUUACGGCGUCUUCUCCGAGACUGAGCGGCAGGUCAUGCCCAUCAUCGGCAAGUGCCUAGACGGCAUGAAGGCAGCGGCCGACUCGGUGAACGAGAAGAACGACUCCCAGGUGCUGAUCGAGUUACACAAGUCCGGCUUCGAGAGGCCGGGAGACGUGGACUUCGAAGACUUCAGCCAGCCGAUCAACCGCACCUCUUCCGACAGCAGCCUGGGGACGCCCCGGGGCACCCUGGAUGGCCGGCUGGACCCCCGCCUGCCGGGCAAGAACAAAGGGAAGCGCUGGCUCUUCAGCAAGAAGAAUAAGCUCCCGCCCCCUCCCCUCUCCCCAGUGGUCUCUGCCCCUCCUCCUUCCUCCUCGUCUGCCACCAACGGACCUCCAUCCCCCAAAUUCACCCGGGACCCUCUGUCUUACUGUCUGAAUGAGAUCAAUAAGACAGUCAAACCCCGCAUCGCCUCCUUCCGCAGCCUCAAACGGGGGCCUGUGAUCACGGAAGAUUUCAGCCACUUGCCGCCGGAGCAGAGGAGGAAGAAGUUACAGCAGAAGAUCGAGGAGAGGAACCGGGAGCUGCAGAAGGAAAUCGACCAGAGAGAUGCCUUAAACAAGAUGAAGGACGUGUACCAGAAGACGCCCCAGAUGGGCGACCCCACUAGCCUGGAGCCAAAGAUCUCUGAGACCCUAAGCAACAUCGAGAAGCUGCGCCUAGAAAUCCAGAAAUACGAGUCGUGGCUGGCCGAAGCCGAGAGCAGAAUGCUGAGUAACCGGCCGGACAACGCCCUGAGAUACAGUCGCCACCUGGACCACGCCACCACCCUGAACAACAACGGCUCCCACGAGAAGGGCAGCCCUGACGCCACCCACUCCGACGACAGCCAGGAUGCCCUGAACCAGCCGAUCUACACGGAGUUUGACGAGGACUUCGAGGAGGACCUGGCCUCGCCCAUCGGCACCUGUGUGGCCAUGUACCAGUUUGAAGGUUCCAGCGAAGGCACCAUCUCCAUGACGGAGGGAGAGGAGCUGAGCCUGAUGGAGGAGGACAAAGGCGAUGGCUGGACGCGGGUGCGGAGGAGCAAAGGCGGCGAGGGCUACGUGCCAACGUCCUACCUGCGGGUCACCCUGAACUGAGCUCGGGCCUCCCCGCCUGCCCGGAGAGCGGCAGCUGGCUCGUGGAGCUGCAGGGGCUGGCGGGGAUUGGAGCAACGCUGCUGGAACCUGGGGGUUGGGACUCAGGGGUACAGGCGUGGAAGUGGCCUCUGGCCCUGCAUAGACAAGUGGCCCUCGUAGGCAAGUAGUGGCGCCGGCUUGCAAAGCACAUCGCCCGUGAGGGGAAGGAGAAACCCUUCCACCCCCUUCUGCCCAAGCCCCAGCUCUGUGGAAUUUCACAUUUCAGCAGGGCCUCUCCGCUUGUGGGGGAGGUUGCAGUGGGUGCUGGGGGGAGGGAUGGACUGGAUUUCUGGCUGCUGCCCCCGCAUACUCCAUACUGCGCCCCCUCCGUCAGAUCCCCUGGGAGUGAGUAACUCAACCUCCCCCCAAAAAACAGCUGCUGCACCCCCUCCCCUGCUCUUAAGCACCCCACAUUUCCCCCAGUGGUGUGGAUGCAAUCAUCCCUGUGUCCACAAGGGGGCAUGGGUCAGAUUACAUCCCUCUAUACUCAAUGAGGCCAGGGUUCCUAUCCGGCCCCCCACCCCCUCCAGUGCAGGGCUCAUAGGAGCCUGUUAUUAUUUCCCCCUGUAGGGAGGGGGGUGUAUGAGAUCUCUGGGGUGAAGGGAGCUGCACUGUCUCCUGCUAGCUUAGGGCAAAGGGAUGCAGGUUCCAUCAAGGUGUGCUGGGCAGAGCCCAUUUUUUGGAGGGGGGGGGGGGCGCUUAUGGAAUAGAAAGUGUCCUCUGUAUCUGUUCUUCCAUGCUUGUCACCCUGGCAUCUGGGCGCCGUCCAGGUGCGUGUUAAGCAGCAUGAUAAACCUCAGGCCUGGGUUGGUUGUUUCCCUCCUGGGAUUCGAACCCGGGACCUGUGGCUCCCCCCUUAGGCUGGCGCCAGCCUGGAUGUUAAUGGAACAGAGGCGCCGGCCAGCCGGGAGCCCUGGGCCCUGAACCUCCGUGCGUUCUCUGCCAGGGCCCGCAGGUCUGAAUUCACCUGUCCCUGGGUGAGAGUGAGUGCCCGUUACUGCUGCCGCCACCAGCUCCAUCAUUGGCCGAGCUCCUGCCCACUUCCCCCUCCGCCACUGUGGCCACCUCAUGCACUUUAUUCCCCAGACUCCAGAACUCGCCCAGCCAAGGAAGAAAAGAGCAAAAAGUGCCUGUUGCAUCAAUGAAUCUGUCCCCUGGGGGGCGGGGGAGGCUGAUCUCGGUGGGGGAAGCCCAGGGCUCCGAGCUGCAGCCAACCCCUUCUGUGUAAUUUUCUUUUUAGAGGACUCUUAAUAUAUUUAGCUUUUUAUACAGUGACCAAUUACUGCUCAUUUUAGCCUAUGCCUCAGUUAACCUGUAACAUACGUAUAAAUGUGCCAGUUGUCUUGGCUUCUGUUCACCCGAUGGGGGAGGGAGGGGGCAGAUCUGUCUCCCCUCUGGUUCUGAGACGUGGGUCUGGGGGGGUCGCUGGGCCGGAGCCCAUAGAAUGUAUUUCCACUGCAGCCUGGUGCCUUUUACACUUUAUGUACAUAGUUGAUUUCCCCACCCCCCUCCUGUGCAGUUUUUAAGUUUAUAAAAACAAUACAGACUCUG